AUGUUGACCGCUAUCAUUCUAGGCGUCGCUGGUGUUCUCUCGGUUUAUGUUUUAUACUACCGCUUUUUCAGCCCUCUUGCUUCAAUUCCGGGACCCUGUGAGGCAGGCCUGUCCAGAAUAUGGCUGGUAAAGCACACAUGGAAGGGAGAUAUGCACCGCGAGAUGCUCAAACUGCAUGCUAAGCAUGGUAAACUGGUCCGUACUGGUCCCAACGAGGUCUCUGUCACGGACCUCGAUGCCAUCAAGAAAAUAUACGGUGCUGGAUCGAAAUUUCGAAAGAGUGGCUGGUAUGGCGUUUUCCAAGGCCAUCGCAAAUUUGAUCUAUUUGCCGAACAAGACGAAGCAAUUCAUAGCUUCCAAAGACGGCUUGUCAGCCGUAUAUAUGCGAUGGACUCGUUGAAGGAUCUUGAGCCUUAUGUGGAUGAUGCAGUGUCCCACUUCAUCGACAAGAUGGAGGAACUUCAGGGUGAGAGUAUUGAUUUGGGGGAGUGGUUGCAGCUGUUUGCGUUUGACGUCAUCGGUGAGGUGACCUUUUCGCGUCGGUUUGGCUUCAUGGACGCCCACCGAGAUGAUGGGAUACUUUCGCAGAUCAAAACUGUCCUAAAGUCUGGAGCAUGGAUUGGUCAGAUUCCAUGUGUAUACUGGAUCCACGACUUCAUGAUGCCUCUCAUUGGAAACCAUCUUGGCGUCAAUGCCCGACACGGAAGCAUAAGGGACUAUACUGUCAAUGAGGUUAGGAAGAGGAUCGACAGAGACAGUGACCACCCAGAUAUUCUUGGAAAGCUUGUGAAAGUCCAAGAGGAAAGACCAGCUCAGUUCUCUGUUGCAGACGUGACUUCGAUGGCCGCGAGUAACAUCAACGCAGGAAGCGAUACAACUGCAAUAUCCCUCAGGGCAAUCAUCUAUCACCUUCUCAGGAAUCCAGAAUACAAGAGCAAGCUACUUCAAGAAAUUGAUUCCAUGCGAGGAUAUGACAGGACCUCAAGCAUUGUGACACUCGAGGAGUCCAAGGAAAUGCCUUACCUUCAAGCCGUGAUGUAUGAAGCCCUCCGAUUGCAUCCUGCUGUGGGAAUGAGCCUUCCACGAGUUACACCAGCAGGCGGCAUUGUAAUCGAUGAGCACUUCAUCCCAGAAGGGACGAUAAUCGGUGCGAAUCCCUGGGCAGUGCAUCGGAAUAAAGCUGUUUACGGGGACGAUGCCGAUUCAUUCCGCCCGGACCGAUGGCUCGAAGAUAAAAGUGGUGAUAUGCGUAGGGCAUUGCUUCUGUGA